AUGAGCACUGUUGAGGUUUGGCUUCAAACAUUUGCACCAGGAUCGCGCACGCCGAUCCAUAGGCACUCUUGUGAAGAAGUUUUUGUUGUUCUCAAGGGCAGUGGCACUCUAUAUCUCGCCUCGAGUUCUAAUAAGUACCCUGGAAAACCGGAGGAGCACUUUAUAUUUUCGAAUAGCACGUUUCAUAUCCCUGUCAAUGAUGCUCACCAGGUCUGGAAUACAAAUGAACAUGAGGAUUUGCAAAUGCUUGUGAUAAUAUCUCGGCCGCCUAUCAAAGUGUUCAUAUAUGAAGAUUGGUUGAUGCCUCACACUGCGGCUAAGUUGAAGUUUCCCUACUAUUGGGAUGAGCAGUGCUUUCAAGUACCUCAGAAAGAUGAGCUUUAAUUUUUGAAGACACGCCCCUUCACAUGCUACUAUAUGAGCACUGUAAUGGGGCCAUUCCCAUUUUACUGCUCAGAUUACUUUACAAAUUACAUAAAGAUUACAACAUCUUAGCUUAGCUUGUAUAUUUUCCCACUCAUUUGAAGUCUGAAUCCAUUUUCUAUUUUCAUUUCAUUUGACACUUCCAAAAUCAAUUGAUGGUUUCCCUUGAAA